UCGGGGGGGGGGCUCAUCUUGGAAUGACUGUGAAUUACCCUUCUGGGUGGCCGAGUCGAUGCCCUGGGGCUCACCUAGCCUGAGGGGCCACCCACGUGCCCUGGGGGCAGCCUGGCUUGUGGCUGGUGAAGUCUGUAGAACUGACUCAGAUGUCAGCCUCCCUGGGGCGGCCCCGCAUCAUGGACGCUCCUCUCCCCCUGUUGUGGGGCACAAUGGGUCAUGGUCUGGGGGCACAGCCAGGCCUGGGCUUGGACCGCAUCCUCUCCUGUUAUUUUGCGGUCCUGGGCAGGUUACUUCUCCCGAUUUCCCUCCGAGAUGUGGCCAUGACCUCCGCCCCUGGCAUCCAUCCGCAGCCCUGUGUACCAGGUCAACAAGGCCCUGGCAAGGGAGGGACAGCGGGGUUGGCUCUGCUUUCCAGUCCUCCGUUCCAAGCGCUCAGACCCUGGCCGCACACUGCUGUCUGCCGCCCUCCCUCCCACGUGGCGCAGCUCCCAGGACCCAGGGACACCCAGUGAGGGAGGCAGAAGGUGUCUGUGGGCCUGGGUGGGGGGGAACGUGUGGGGACAGAUGUGGAUGAAAGGAAAAGCUGUGUGCAUUUCUGGGGCUGCAGUCACAGCCCCAUGUGGGACACCUCCUCCUCCAGUGCCCCCUGGGGAGAGAGGUGGAAGAGGCAGCUGUCGGCGGCUGUCAGAGUGCUCCAUUCCUUGGCACCCCAGAAAAUGCGGUCACCUCCAAUAGCGCCCUGAGCACCUCUCCGGUGCUCUGCCCAGAAGAACCUGAUCUCAGCGUGGUUCAGAAAUUCUGGGCAGUGGGUUUUCUGUGCACAGACUCUGUUUCCUUUUCCCCACGGCCGCUACAGCACAUAGAGAGGAACUUGCUAGAAGUGGCAAAAGAAAACCUGUCAAAGCUACCCUGCUUUGCUCUUUAGUAGCUCACUUUCUCUGAAACUGGCAUAUCUGAUGUGUUUAUCACAUUUAUUGUUUUCUCUGGUUGAGUCCAGCUAUCUUCUUACCAUUUACCAACUUUCUUUAUAGUAACGAAGUGCAGACCCAGCCUCGAAUGAAUCCGCCUCUGAACCAUGGGUAGAGGGCAGGGCAAGGACACAGAGAAGUUAUAGGACACGGUGGCUUUGAUGACUGCCUCUUUCAUCUGGAAAUAGUGUAACUCCGCUGAUGUUAGUGGGUGUGAUGCCGCCCCAGCCCGCCAUGUCCCUCCGGCGCCUGCUCUGCGCCCUGGCCUCCCAGCGGCCGGCUCCCUGGACACGCAGAGGAGGGAGCCCCCUGCACACGGCGCCAGCGGCCUGUUCCGACAGGAGCGCCCCCGUGUUCGCCCGGGCCCUGGCCUUCGGGGACAGGAUUGCCCUCGUUGACCAGCAUGGCCGCCACACGUACAAGGACCUUUACUACCACAGCCUCCGCCUGUCCCAGGACGUGUGCCGGCUCCUUGGGCGGCCCGGCGGGGACCUCCAGGAGGACAGGGUCUCCUUCAUGUGCUCCAACGACGUGUCCUACGUGGUGGCGCAGUGGGCCUCCUGGAUGAGCGGGGGCGUGGCUGUCCCUCUGUACAGGAAGCACCCCCAGGCCGAGCUGGAGUAUUUCAUCCGGGACUCCCGGAGUGCUGUGGUCCUUGCCGGCCACGAGUACGUGGAGCUGCUGGGCCCCAUGGUCCGGAGGCUGGGGGUCCCGCUGCUGUCCCUCCCGCCCACAGUCUACCGAGCGGCAGCAGAGGAGCCUGGGGAGUGGAGGGUGCCAGAGCGGAACUGGAGAGACCGGGGCGCCAUGAUCAUCUACACCAGCGGGACCACAGGGAGGCCCAAGGGCGUCCUGAGCACUCAUCACAACAUCAGGGCCAUGGUGACGGGGCUGGUCCACAAGUGGGCGUGGACUAAGGACGAUGUGAUCCUCCACGUCCUCCCCCUGCACCACAUGCAUGGCGUGGUCAACAAGCUGCUCUGUCCCCUCUGGGUGGGGGCCACCUGUGUGAUGCUGCCUGAGUUCAGCGCGGAGCUGGUUUGGGAAAAGCUCUUAAGUUCUGAAACUCCCCGGGUUAACGUGUUCAUGGCAGUGCCUACAAUAUAUGCCAAGUUGUUGGAUUAUUACAACAAACACUUUGUUCAGCCUCACGUCCAGGAAUUUGUACGUGCAGUUUGUGAGGAGAAAGUCAGGCUGAUGGUUUCGGGAUCGGCUGCCCUGCCUGUGCCUGUGCUGGAGAAGUGGCAGAGGGCCACCGGCCACACUCUGCUGGAGCGCUAUGGGAUGACAGAGAUCGGCAUGGCCCUGUCCAACCCCCUGACCAGGACUCGAGUGCCAGGCUCCGUGGGGACCCCGCUGCCAGGUGUGGAGGUGCGCAUCGUCUCGGAAAACCCAAAGAAGGAGGGCUGCCCCUACGUGCUCCAUGCAGAAGGGAAUGAGAAGGAGACGAAGGUGACCCCGGGGCUCACAGACAAGGAAGGGGAGCUCCUGGUCAGGGGGCCGUCUGUCUUCCGCGAGUACUGGGACAAACCAGAAGAAACCAGAAACGCCUUCACCUGCGACGGCUGGUUCAAGACAGGUGACACGGCCGUGUUCAAGGACGGCACCUACUGGAUCCGGGGCCGCACGUCGGUAGAUAUCAUCAAGAGCGGCGGCUACAAGAUCAGCGCCCUGGAGGUGGAGCGGCUCCUGCUGGCGCACCCCAGCAUCACAGAUGUGGCUGUGAUUGGAGUUCCAGACAUGACGUGGGGCCAGCGGGUCACUGCAGUGGUGACCCUUCAGGAGGGACACUCCCUGUCCCACAGGGAACUCAAAGAGUGGGCAAGGGGUGUCCUGGCCCCGUACGCCGUGCCCUCGGAGCUCCUGCUGGUGGAGGAGGUCCCGCGGAACCAGAUGGGGAAGGUCAACAAGAGAGACCUAAUCAGGCAGUUCUACCCGUAUCGAUGUGCCCCGCCUCGUCGCCUCUGCUGCGUCCGCACAGCCGCACCCACGCCGUGGAGCCCCACGUGGUGCCGUCUGCCGGGCGGGUCCCCGCAGUGUCCAGCGUGUGCCCCAGGCAGCAGGUCUCCAGGCAAAUUCAGUAAAGUCUGUGCAGAGAAAACAAGCUUGUGCCGUGCCAUCUGCCCAGGGCCUGCGUGGGCUGCGCCCGGGUCACAAGUCGUGCGUCUCCGCGUGCACAGCCCAGUGUCUCCCACAGCCUGGGCUGUCCGUGUGGCCUCCCAGGUGACCAUGACCCCCCAGGGCCUCCUGGCUGGACACCUAACUAUUCAGAGAGGCUGACCCGGAGAAUGGGCCUGGCCAUCUCACCCCAGAGUUAACUGCGCUCAGGGCAGCCCGGUGCCCUGGGCACAUCGCUGAGGGGCGUCCAUCUGCACACACACGGGCUGUCAGGGCCGAGCAGAUGCCGUGCGACUCAGCUCAGGGCUGGCAGCAAGGCCCCUGGAUGCCAUGCCGGUGGCCACAUGUGGCCCCACAGUCCCCUGCAGGAACGUUCUAGACCAAGGGCUGACAGCUUCUGUGAUGGGUGAGCCAAGCAGUCUGGGUUUCCAGCUCUGCGGCCACGCAGCCCCUGUCGCUGUGGAUCCGCUGGCUGUGGGAGAGGCUGGUGCCCUCGUAGCUGUGCUGCCUCGACCCUUGACCCGCCUCUCUGUGCCACGCCCUCCACGGGCACCACCCCGCAGCCCCGCACCUCGGUUCUUAGUGCUGCUGGCUCUGGCACAUAGGUGCCCCACCCAUACUCCAAGCGGAAAAUCCAAAGGCAUCUGGAUAGUUCAUCAGAGACCACGGCAGCUGCUCUGCCUGAGACUGCUGGGGUCUGGGCUCUUCCCGGACGUUAGGUGCCCGGAAUGUGCGUCUGAGAGACCAGCAAAGUGAGGCAAGGACUGGGAGGGGCCACUUUGGCCCCGGGAAGGGGCACGGUGCUUGAGAGGCUGAAGAAACCAGCCCCCUACUCCCCUACCCCUGUGCGGUGUGCGGCCUGGGUCCCCGAAAGCCUGACCCCAGGCGCAGUGUUUGCCCCAGAGCGACCAGCCCUCGCUCCUACCUGAGCCCGGGACACACCCUGGCUGCCCGCUGUCCGCUCUCCUCCAGGGUGGCCCCCGGCAGCUUGCGGGACAGCACGUGCUCAGCUCCCCGCGGCCCUGGUCUGGCCUUGUAACCAGGCAGCCACCUGCCACUGGGCAAAACCAGAUCAAACGUGGCAGGGCUCCUACUUAAUCCUCCUGAUUUGACACUGUGUCUGUCUUAAUCCUGAAAAUUCUGAUCUCCUGAAAACGUUUACAAAACUAUUCAGCUUACGCUGUAAUCUAUAUCAAAUACUUUGAAAACAUAAUAGUCACCUUCAGCUAACAGGACCACAGAAGCACGUUAGCUUGUUCUGGGGACACAGAAUGCCGUGUCCUACUUGUCAAUGAGACUGAGCUUCGAGAGGUCCCCCGUGGCCAGAGAGCCCCAUCCGUGCCAUCCUGCAGUCCACUCCCAGAGGAGAGGCAGGAGCAGGCGCCCGGGAGUCAGCCGUGGGCAGCUUGGUUGGCGCCCAGCCAGUACCCCCCCCAGGAGCAUAGGCAUGAGCCCCUGCGGCAGCCCACCCCCAGCCAACACAGGGGAGCCUGGGCCCCCCCAGCCGACACAGGUGA